CAGUGAAGUGAAGCUCGCGUCUCACCUCCAAUGGCUUCUCCUCUCCGUCUCUCCGUCCUCUCUCCCUCCUUCUCUCCCCUCACUCUCCUCUUCUCCACUUCCUUCAAGCCCUCUCGUCUCCUUUCUCCUCCUCCUCACGCCUCUGUGUCCUCCUCACCCUCUUCCUCUUCGUCUUCUACAACCCUAACUCCUCACAAGCUCUUCUCUACUUCUCUGAAGCUGGGUAGCUUCGAAGGUGUCAAAUGGGGCGAUCUUUGGAGCUUGAACAAUUGGGUAGUUCGUGAUUAUUAUCGUCUUGUUGAUUCUGUCAAUGGUUUGGAGCAGAGCGUUCGAGGGCUUUCUGACGAACAGCUGAGAUUAAAGACGACAGAGUUUAGACAGAGAUUGAGCCGGGGGGAGACCCUUGCGGAUAUUCAGGCUGAGGCUUUUGCUGUGGUUCGUGAGGCUGCUAGAAGGACACUGGGAAUGCGGCAUUUUGAUGUUCAGAUUAUUGGUGGUGCGGUGCUACACGAUGGAUGCAUUGCAGAGAUGAAGACUGGGGAAGGGAAGACACUAGUUUCCACACUAGCUGCCUACUUGAAUGCACUUGGUGGCAAUGGUGUUCAUGUGGUGACUGUGAAUGAUUAUUUAGCUCAACGUGACGCGGAGUGGAUGGGGCGCGUUCAUCGGUUUCUUGGUCUUUCUGUAGGUCUCAUACAGAGGGGCAUGAGGGCUGAUGAGAGGAGAUCCAAUUAUGGAUGUGAUAUAACAUACACUAAUAAUUCAGAACUUGGGUUUGACUAUCUAAGAGACAAUCUUUGUGGAAACAAAGGACAACUUGUUAUGCGAUGGCCAAAACCAUUCCAUUUUGCUAUUGUUGAUGAAGUUGACUCUGUCCUCAUUGAUGAGGGAAGGAACCCUUUAUUGAUAAGUGGUGAGGCGAAUAAGGAUGCUGCACGCUACCCAGUUGCAGCCAAAGUUGCUGAGCUGCUUGUACGAGGCAUCCAUUAUGAUGUGGAGCUUAAGGAUAAUUCUGUAAAUCUGACUGAGGAAGGAGUUGCACUUGCAGAGAUGGUUCUUGAAACAAAUGACCUAUGGGAUGAGAAUGAUCCUUGGGCAAGGUUUCUAAUGAACGCCUUGAAGGCUAAAGAAUUUUAUCGCCGGGAUGUCCAAUAUAUUGUUAGAAAUGGGAAGGCUCUGAUCAUUAAUGAGCUUACAGGCAGGGUUGAAGAGAAAAGGAGAUGGUCUGAAGGCAUUCACCAAGCAGUGGAGGCUAAAGAAGGCCUGCAAAUUCAGGCUGAUUCAGUUGUUGUAGCUCAAAUCACAUACCAAUCACUGUUUAAGCUUUAUCCGAAGCUGUCUGGGAUGACAGGGACUGCUAAAACUGAAGAGAAGGAAUUUCUAAAAAUGUUUCAAAUGCCUGUUAUUGAAGUUCCAACAAACUUGCCAAAUAUUCGGAUGGAUUUGCCCAUUCAGGCUUUUGCUACUGCACGUGGGAAAUGGGAAUAUGUACGGGAAGAAGUUGAACACAUGUUUCAAUUGGGUCGCCCUGUAUUAGUUGGAACAACAAGUGUUGAGAAUUCUGAAUAUUUGUCUGAGCUUCUGAAAGACCGGAAAAUUCCACACAAUGUUCUCAAUGCCAGGCCUAAAUAUGCGGCAAGGGAGGCAGAAACUAUUGCCCAAGCAGGUCGGAAAUAUGCCAUCACUAUUUCUACUAACAUGGCUGGUAGAGGAACUGAUAUCAUAUUAGGUGGUAAUCCAAAGAUGUUGGCCAAAAAAAUUCUGGAAGACAGAUUACUACCAUUUAUGACAGAAGAGGCUCCUAAUGUUGAAAUUGAUGGCGAGCAAAUUUCUCAAAAGGGUUUAUCAAAGAUCGAGAUAGGACCUUCUUCAAUCGCUCUGCUUGCUAAGGCUGCCUGUAUUGCAAAAUAUGGACGUAAGAGCAAGGAAGAUUGGCCGUAUCAGAAGGCUAAGCUUCUCAUUCAAGAGUCAAUUGAAAAAAGUCAAUCCGUUGACAUUGAUAAACUAGAAAAACUGUUGGCAGAGGAAUCUGAACUUUUCUUAGGUGAUGCUAUCACAUGUGCUUAUCUCUCAGUGCUGCAAGAUUGUGAGGCACAUUGUCUUAAUGAAGGAGCUGAAGUGAAAAGGCUGGGGGGACUUCAUGUGAUUGGAACAUCUUUGCAUGAGUCUAGGCGAAUAGACAAUCAGCUUCGUGGUAGAGCUGGUAGACAAGGUGAUCCAGGAUCAACAAGGUUUAUGGUGAGCUUACAGGAUGAGAUGUUUCAAAAGUUCAACUUUGAUACUGAGUGGGCUGUAAGGUUAAUAUCAAGGAUAACUAAUAAUGAAGAUAUACCGAUUGAGGGCCACACUAUUGUAAAACAGCUUCUUGGACUACAGAUAAAUGCAGAGAAGUAUUACUUUGGAAUAAGAAAGAGCCUUGUUGAGUUUGAUGAAGUCUUAGAGGUUCAAAGAAAGCAUGUCUAUGACUUGAGGCAGUUAAUAUUAACAGGUGACUCUGAGAGCUGCUGCGAACAUAUAUUUCGGUACAUGCAAGAGGUUGCGGAUGAAAUUGUAUUUGCAAAUGUUGAUCCACUUAAGAGCCCUAGAGAUUGGACUUUGGGGAAGCUCUUAGAUGAAUUUGUUGAUAUUGGUGGAACUUGUUUGGCAGAACAAUUUGCAGAAAUCAGGGAGGAAGACAUGCUGUCAUCCCUUGAAAAGGUACAUGGAUUAGAUUUUACAGUCAUUGACGCUUUCUCCCUUCCGGGCUUGCCAUUGCCUCCAAAAACAUUCAGAGGAAUACGCAAGAAGCAAUCCUCGCUAAAGCGUUGGCUCAAUAUUUGUGCAGAUGAGUCAAUGAAAAAUGGAGGAUUCCGAAGAAUUGCCAAUUUUCUCCGUAAGUACCUUGGGGACAUUUUGAUUGCUUCAUAUUUGCAGAUUGUUGAAGAAUCAGGCUAUGAUGAUACCUAUUUUCAGGAAAUUGAGAGAGAAGUAAUUGUGAAAAGUCUAGACUGUUUCUGGAGGGACCAUCUGAUAAAUAUGAAUAGGCUCAGUUCUGCGGUGAAUGUUAGAAGUUUUGGGCAUAGAAAUCCACUAGAAGAGUACAAGAUAGAUGGGUGUCGCUUUUUCAUCUCCAUGCUAAGUGCAACUCGAAGAUUGACAGUUGAAUCUUUAUUUCAGUAUUGGUCAUCUCCGAAGAACUCCGAAGAAUUAUUUGAACUAUAGAAAUGCACAAUUAAUGUUAAAUAUGUAUCUCUUAUGUACAAUCUUUCUUUUGGUGGUUGUGGACAUGCUUAUUAUAUUUGCUAAUUUAGGUUAUAA